GUUUCCUGAAUGCCCGCCUUCGCGCUACACUGAUUAGAUCGUGCAAUUGUUCUUUUGGUUUGGCGCUGCGGUCCGGACACGCCGGGGGCUUGCACGUUUUACUAGUCGCGUUUCUAGGCAGCGACCGCCCGUGGAGCCGGUGUCGAGGUCACCAUGAGGAGCGCUGCUGUGCGCGUGCUGGGAGCCCAAUGGGCAGGUGUCGGAGCGCAGGAGGCGGGAAGCCGGGCUGCACGCGCCUUCGCCACUGCCACGUUCGUGCCGGGAGUGAGCGGCGACGCCAGCGGCGUGGUGUCCGCCGUGGACGCGCUGAUGAGCCAUGACAGUGCCGCUACCGGCAAGGACGUGGCGGACGCUGCCGUGGCGCUGGCGUACCUGGGCACCCGCGGGAACCGCCGCGUGUGGGGCAAGGUGCUGGAGAAGGCCGCCUCUACGCCACUGGACGGCCCCAGCCUGGCCAAUCUGUCCUGGGCGCUGUCCGCUGCCAACGUGGACCACACCCGCACCCUGGCCGAGCUGGCCGGCCCCCUGGCCGCCAGCCUCAAGUCGCUCAGCCCCGCGCAGGUCUCCUUUGCGGUGGAGGCGGUGGGCAAGUCCGGUGCCGCCGACGUGGAGCUGUUCGCGGCUGUGACGGAGCUGGCCGCGGCCCGCACCGCCGACUUCAAGGCCGCCGACCUGGCGCGACUGCUGUGGGGCUUCGGUGCCGCCGGCGUGCAGGACGGCAAGCUGGUCAAGGCCGCCUCGGCCGGCUUGGUGGCCAAGGCUGCCGAGCUGGGCGGCCGCGAGGCGGCGCAGGCGCUGUGGGGUCUGGCGGCGCUGCGCCGCGUGCCGGACGCCGCUCUGGCCGGUGCCCUGACGAAGGCCCUGAAGGCGGGCGUGGAGGCGCCUGCUGACGCCGCCGCCGCAGCCUGGGCCCUGGCCACCCUGGCCGUGAAGGCGGACGCCGGCACCGUCAAGGCCCUGGCGGACAAGGCCAAGGCCGGUGUUGCGGACCUGAGCGCCGCCCAGGCGGUUCAGGGCGGCUGGGGUCUGGCCAUGCUAGGCGACAAGGAUGGCGCCGCGGCGCUGCUGGGCGCCGCCGCCGCAGCUGUGCAGAAGGACCCUACCUCUCUGAGCCCCUCGGCGCUGGCGCUGCUGCACGCGGGCGCCGUGGUGUCGGGCGCCGGCCUGCCCAACCCCGUGUCGGACUUCGCCGCCAAGGGCUUCGGCCUGGCCGUGGAGCACGGCCGCCACAGCCGCAGCUCCGCCGCCGCCGCCUUCCACGCCGAGCUGGCUGAGGCGGUCGCGUACGCAAGCGGCGCCAGGCACCGGCCGGACGUUGCCUCCAAGGUGGCCUCGUUUGUGAGCUCGGGCCCGGACGGCUCCACGCUGGAUGUGGUGGUGCCGGCGGACGCUAACACCAAGCUGGCAGUGCUGGGCGUGGAGGCGGAGGCGCUUGCGUCCAGCGGGGCGGUGCUGGGCGGCUCGCUGGCGGCUGCACGCGUGCGCGAGGCGCAGGGCUUCAAGGUGGCAGUCGUGCCGCAGACGGAGUUCCCUACCGGCGCCCCGCUCAAGCAGCGCGCCGCCGCCGUGCUGGGCGCCAUCAAGAAGGCCGUGCCGGGUCUGUCCGCCAUGGCGGACAAGCUGAGCCGGGAGCUGUGAAAGCCGGGUGCGGCAAGUGUAACCUGAAAUGCGGCAUGGACUGCCAGGUUCAAAGCUUAUCCUGUGUUAAGUUUGUUUAGUUUGUAGACUGGCGUGAAUGAGCUCGGAAUGAGCGGCUUGGCGCAGCUUAGUAGAUGAGGUAGGCAAGGUGAUGAGUCAGGGCGCGCUUCAAGCGCGCACGCACGAUAUAAGACGUGUAAACCCCUUGAAUU